CAGAAGCGAAAGUCCUCACACACAUUGAGCUUUCCUCCUGUUCCAUGUCAGUCUAGUGCUGCAGUAACAGCUGUAGAUCUAGUACUGCCAUUAUUAACUAGAUUAUUUCUUGUAAUGCAAUGGCAAGCACUUAUAUUGUUUUAUUUUGGGCCAUAAAUCAGCUUGCAGAGUGAAGCGUGCUGCACCUUAACCUCUGGGACAGUGACAGGAGUGGAAGAGCUCUCUCUCGACUUCAUUCUUUGCGUCAACUUUAUGAAAGCAGGUGUUAUGGAUCUACAGUAUUUCCUGUGCUGGAGAGUUGCCCCACUUCUGCUCUUGAUGCCAUGUGGGCUCCAGUGUAUGUCAGUGCGCAUCCUCAAUGAGGAGCCUAUCUAUGUAAUCCCCGGUUCGAGUCUGGAUCUCCAGGCCCAGAUUGAGCACGGACCCCAGGAAGAGGUCUCCAUGGUAACCUGGGAACGGAUGCCUGAAACUGGAAGGAAUCCUCUGAGAGAGACACUUGCCACGUGCCCUGGCAAAAGCCUCAAGUGUGCUGGUACCAGGCCAGGCGUCCGUGUGAACGUGGAGCAGCAGGAGACGACACUUCAGAUCAGUGAAUACAGCAGAGCAGACAGCAGCGUCUUCACUGUGACUGUGACGGACGGCAAAGGAGCCAAAACCACUGCACAGUGCAUUGUCAGGGAAUAUGAGGAAGUGCACCACGUCUCAGUCAGCAUCAACGUGUCUCACUCUGUGCUGGUUUGCGGCGAGUCCUGGGGGACUGACCCCCACUUCAGCUGGUUCCACGAGAGAGACGCCAUCACCAAGGCUGUGGGCAAGGUCUCCACUGAUGGAACAACAUUGUUUGUAACCAUGGCUCCCAUGUGUGGCCACUUCACCUGCAUGGUUAGCAACAAAAGGAGCCACAGUUCUGCCACCUAUACUGCAGCACCUUGUGAGACAGAGGGCAGAGGGACAACGGCAGCUAUAGUAUGUCUGGUCCUCCUGGUCCUGCUGUUAGGAGGAGCGGUGGCAUUUCUACUGUGGAGGAGACACAGGCACAAUAACAGAGGAGAGAGGCUGCACGAACAUUUGGAUGACACCGAAUGAAAAAAAGACCCAAAUACUAAAACAAACAACUUCUGUUACUCAAAAGAUUUCAGAGAGGAGAACAGGAAAUGUAGAGGACUGUGAGGGAGGAACUUCCUGUCCUGUGAGCAGUAUGACCUUACACUGCAUUGGAACAAUGUGAAGAGUGAGCUGCUUGCUGGCUAGUGGAAGCAUAUCUUAAAACUGAUAUUCAGCUUGAAGUGCCAGCGAUGUCUUUACACUGCCUCCUGCUGGAUUGUGUAUUUAAUAAAAUAAACAUUUUGUA